AUGGAGUUCAGCGAGGCCGAGUUGGCGCCACAGCCGGUGUCAGCCAGCGCGCGGGAUGCGGCGCAGAAUGCUGCCUUGUCUGCGCUGUUUGACGACGGCAUGGACAUGCCAAUGGACAACCUUGACGAGUUGAGCAUGCUUGACAAUCACGUCGAGUCGCCAGCUGCCUUGCUUGUACCUACCGCUGCUGCGAGCGCUCCGAGUGUGGCGGAUGGCGGACAGGCCUCGAUAGACGACGGCCGACACGAUGGCGAGACGGCGUCAGAGACGGAGCACAUGCCGAGCUCGUCAGGAGACGGAUGCAGAGGAGCUGGCGACGAGCCAGCGCCGGUAGCGGCGAACGAUGCCUCACGACCGUUGCCAUUUUCCGAGACUGAGCUCGCGUUUAUGACGGCUGGCCAGCGGCUGCGGUUUGCUCAGUUGCCCGCGGAGCGACAGAAGGAGAUUGUGGGCAAGCGCCGUGCGUGGGAGGCGCGGAAGGCGAGACAGGAUGGAGUGCUGGAUCUAGAGGCUGCGAAGGGACCAAAGACGGGACAUGGGGGUCAGAUCGUAGGCAUUGUGCUCCUUGUCGCUGCGCUGGGUACUGCCGCUGUUGGCGCCCUUGCAGUUGUCGAGGUCAUCGCCUGGUCGGCGUGGUCGUUUGACCCAGUUGUGGGAGGCAUCAACCUCUGGCUUCUCAUUGGCCUCGGCGUGGGCUUUCUUGGAUGCGCCGGUGCCGGGCUGUGGCUCUUGGUCCGCCGCCGCAAGCGCAAGCCGUCAACCACCGAGCGCGAUCGCCCACAGACAGCGGGCAGGCCUUUGGCAGCCCCGACUCCAGCAAGUGCAAUGGCUCUUGGAGCCGGCACCAGCGGGCCGUGCUACGACAUGUCUUCAGAGAGCACUGCCGAUACGGCACCAGCCGAGCCUGGUGACGACGGAGGGCUCGCCAAUCCAGUCUUUGACCCGCUGGCGGACUCGUCGUCGAGCGGGCGCGGUGGUGCCAAUCCACUGUUUGAAGAUGGAGAAGCGAAUCCGCUGUUUGACCCGUCGGCUGGCCUCGCCUCAGCGGUGGACAACCCGCUGUUUGAUCUUGCUGCCGAGCCCGAAUAUCCGCUUUCAGCCGUGGCUGUUGCUGACGCGGGCACGAUGUCUUCCUCCGAUCUUGUCAACGCUGAUGGCAGUGUCAUGAACCCGCUCUACGACGACGCCACGCCCGCCGUAGUCUUUGAUCCCGAUGCGGACACGACCUCGUCUUCUGAUCUCAACAACGACGCCCGGACCGUCAUGAACCCGCUCUACGACGACGCCACGCCCGCCGUAGUCUUUGAUCCCGAUGCGGACACGACCUCGUCUUCUGAUCUCAACAACGACGCCCGGACCGUCAUGAACCCGCUCUACGACGACGCCACGCCCGCCGUCGUCCUUGAUCCCGAUGCGGACACGACCUCGUCUUCUGAUCUCAACAACGACGCCCGGACCGUCAUGAACCCGCUCUACGACGACGCCACGCCCGCCGUAGUCUUUGAUCCCGAUGCGGACACGACCUCGGCUUCUGAUCUCAACAACGACGCCCGGACCGUCAUGAACCCGCUCUACGACGACGCCACGCCCGCCGUAGUCUUUGAUCCCGAUGCGGACACGACCUCGGCUUCUGAUCUCAACCACGACGCCCGGACCGUCAUGAACCCGCUCUACGACGACGCCACGCCCGCCGUAGUCUUUGAUCCCGAUGCGGACACGACCUCGGCUUCUGAUCUCAACCACGACGCCCGGACCGUCAUGAACCCGCUCUACGACGACAUGGACAACGACAGUGAUGGCCACGAGGCAGGGUCCGCCAUGAACCCCCUCUACGACGAUGUGGAUGACGACGGACAUGUGGACGACAGUCAUGUUGACCACUUGCACGCCGACACCGCACUGACAACGGCCGUUGACCUAGAUGCCGACGUGACGUCGUCAUCUGACCUUGGCGACGCUGACGGCUUCGUCGCAAACCCCGUCUACGACGACCCAGACACGGCCUCCACGUCCGACAAUGCCGACACACGCAACACCUCUACUCCAACAAGCCGGCAACCGUUUACACCUCCUCGCCGAGCCCCGAUCCCGCUCAGCCCGUAUCCCGAGCUGGGCACUCCGUCGCGCCACUCGCGCCGCGUCGCGCGCCCGGCUGCUGCCGCGUCCGCCUCGCCGCGCCCAUCGGCGGGCGGCGCCGAUGCCAUCCGCGCCUACCGCCCGCGCAUCUGGCAGAUCCACAAUAAGCUGUAG